AUGCUGCCCGGGAAAUACCGAGGGAGGAUCGUCUCCAAUGUAAACAACUGUGGCCUUCAUCUGGUAUUGCAGACCACUCCUGUUACAGAUAAAAGUAAACAGUUUGAUUUCAGGUUAAGUAAGGAUACCGCAUCUCUUAACAAGCUUUCUCAGCAUGACCAUGAAAGGAGCAUUACUGGGAGGCCAGAUGGAAGAGUCUCAAGUCCUAUGGGACGUAAUAAGCAGCCAUACAUUCCACUGACAGCAAAUGUCACAGAAGUAUUUGGCCCUGUACCCAGAUAUGGAAGGGAGUCAUUGUCACUGGGUGCAUUUGCAGAUAUCCCAGGCCAUGUUCCCACAAAAAAUAGAUCCAGGUCUGUCUCCCACUGUGCCAGCCCAAACAACAACAAUGAGGAUGCACAUCAUUCAAAAGGUAGGCUAGACCAUUUUAGCUUCAUUAAAGGUCUGUCAAAAUCAGAUCCGGGAUGUCCUAUUGUGCGACGUACUGCUGAAGAGAAGGCAGCCUGUCCUGAUAAGCUCAAUUUAGAACGGUUACGACUGUCAGCUUUCCCUAUAAUUGAAGGCGAGGAGCAGUUACGGUUAUUAUAUUUGCAACACAACUUUAUAACAAGAGUCCAAAACCUUUCAUGUCUUCAGCGUCUCAUAUUUCUAGAUCUCUAUGAUAACCAAAUAGAAGAAAUAAGUGGAUUUUCCUCUAUAAAAUCUUUGCGUGUUCUUAUGCUUGGAAAGAACAGAAUCCAGAAAAUAACAAAUUUGGAAAAUCUUAAAAAUCUGGAUGUCUUGGACUUGCAUGGAAAUCAGAUAUCUAAAAUUGAGAAUAUUGGCCACCUGGGAGAGUUAAGAGUAUUAAACCUUGCUCGGAAUCAGAUAACAGAAGUGGAAAACUUGAACGGUCUAGACUUGCUGACAGAACUUAACCUGAGACAUAAUAACAUCAGUCUUGUGAGAGAUGUGGAUACUUUGCCCAGCCUCCAGCUCCUUUAUCUCAGCUUUAACAAUAUAUCAAGAAUCAGUGACAUCUUGUGCCUUGCUGACUCAACAUCGCUUUCGGAAGUCACACUUGAUGGCAACCCUAUAGCUCAAGAGUCAUGGUACAGACAAACCAUUCUGGGGCACAUGCUGCAGCUGAGACAGCUGGACAUGAAGAGAAUCACG